AUGACACAAACACAAAUACAAACACACGGCACUUGUCACCCUAAAUUCCAAGAGGUGCGCAAGCAACUCCAGGACAAUAUCUUUUCUGGGGAAGAAGUCGGCGCCGCCAUUGCUGUCAACAUUGAUGGCAGCGAUGUUAUAAACCUGUGGGGUGGUCAUACGGACAGGGAGCGCACCACACCAUGGACCGAAGACACCCUUGUUACUAUCUUCUCCUCCACGAAAACCGUCCUCAGUCUCGCCAUCCUCAUUCUCGUUGACCGCAAAGUCCUCUCCAUCAACGACAAGGUCUCCAAGCAUUGGCCUGGGUUCGCCGCCAAUGGCAAAGAAAAUAUCGAGAUCCGCCACAUCCUCUCUCACACGUCAGGGGUCUCUGGCUGGGACGCCGAUGGACCGCUCUCUUUCGAAGACAUCUCCGACCUUGACGCCGCUGCGGCAAAGCUAGCUACGCAGGCGCCGUGGUGGGAGCCUGGGACAGCGUCUGGAUAUCACUCUUUUACUUUUGGCCAUUUACUAGCAGCCAUCGUCCGUCGCGCGACAGGCACAACGCUAAGAGACUUCAUUAUGGAAGAGAUCGUGAAGCCACUGGGCGCAGACUUCCACUUUGGCGUUUCCGACAAAGAGCUCCCCCGGACGACGGAUGUUAUUUCCGCGCCUAUGCCUCCCCUCAGUCCUGGCAUGGGCCCCCAGCCGGGGUCCAUCACGUUCAAGACCAUGAACCCCAUGCCCUUUCCCUCGGACUUCGCUAACGGCCCUACCUGGCGUCAGGGUGACAUCCUCGCCGGGAGCGGGCAUGCCAAUGCCCACGCGCUCACGCGGAUCCUCUCGAUCAUUAGCCUCGGCGGCAUCGUCGAUAGCAAACGUUUUCUCUCACAAGACACCAUCGACCUCAUAUUCGAGCAACAAUCCAACGGGAUUGAUCUUGUCAUGGGCGUGCCUAUGCGUUUCGGUGUUGGCUUCGGCAUUGCGGGUGAAGGUGGCACAGCAGUUGCUGAUUUCCUGCCCAACGGACGAAUUUGCUUCUGGGCAGGCCUCGGUGGAUCAUUCGUCCUUAUGGAUCUAGACAGAAAACUCACCUUUGCAUACGUGAUGAACAAGCUGUCCAUGACGGGGUUGGGAAACAACGCCGCGAAGUCUUACAUCAGGGCCAUUUACAAGGCAUUGGAAGCGCAGUGA